AUGACUACGGUGGAGAAUCUAACGCACUGGCCCCCUGCAGACGGUGGACUUGUGGACGUGUUCUAUCCAGAACUUCCGCCCUGGGAUUCGCAGUAUGGUCAAAAUUUCAUGGCUGAGAACCUUUCUGACAGCCCUUCACUGAAAGACCCAUUCGAAGAUUUCUGGGGAGACCUUACGGAUUGUCCCUUUGACCAAGGCUCUCUAAUCACUAUUGGCAGUGCUCCUGCAUACAAUGGACACUUAUUGCCGUCGGAUGGAAACAGGCCUUCAAAGUAUAGCGGCCAUAUCUCUGGAAGCCUUGAAACAUAUAAAGGCCUAGCGAAUUGUCGCCAAAAUGGGCUGGGGUCACCAACAACUGAGCGAAGGAAAACUACCAAUCGAGAUUCAGAAACCUUUAACCCGUCGCUUAAGAACCCUCCCCAGAACCCUGGUUAUAUAUUAUCCGAGUCGCGAGAUCAGCACUCCAAUGCCGCAUUUGAAAGAGAGAGUUAUUCGAGUAGCGAAGACACGCGCCGAAAGAAAGCCCACUGUCUAGUUGAAAAGCGGUACCGGGAAAACCUCAACUCCAAAUAUCUACAAUUAGAAAAGGAUAUGCUGAAUAUCGGCCGCGAUCAAUACCGCUCAAAUGUGGAGAUGCCCCACAAAACAUCGAAACGAUCGAAAAGAGCGGAAAUUCUCGAGCUUGCUCAUCAAUCUAUCUCGAGUCUCCAGGAAGAAUUGAGUUCAUGUAAGAAAAAGCUACAAAUUUUAAGGGAGGCAACUAUUCCUUUUGAAACUUGCCAGUUCACGUUGCCUGAUGAUCUUAUUGAGCCUACGAAUUUCAUGUCUUCUAAAUCAGAGGCCAAAUACUAA